UCAUAAUGAGCCCAUAUUGAUCCAACAAUGAUGAGAGGGGCCAUGGAUAAUUUCAAUCCCGUAAUAUGAGUAAUGUCUGGGUGAGGGUCGAGGCAUAUAAACAAUGCAAAAGGCUAUCAUUCCUUUCUUGAUACACACAAAUUGAGUACUGUCUUGAUUUCCAUGGCUAAUAAGUGGAGAUACGAUGUGUUCUUGAGUUUCAGAGGAGAGGACACUCGCAAGCAGUUCACCGACCACCUCUACCAUGGCCUAAGAGAUGCCGGGGUCAAUGCUUUCAGAGAUGAUAAUGAGCUUCCCAGAGGGGAAGACAUCUCAUCUGCACUCAUCCAAGCAAUCCGAAGCUCCAGGAUCUCGGUGAUUGUAUUCUCAGAGAACUACGCUAAUUCGAGAUGGUGUCUCGAGGAACUUGCUGAGAUCAUAGAUUGCAGGAAAAACUCAGGACAGAUGGUUCUUCCAAUAUUUUACGGAGUUGAUCCCUCAGACGUGAGGAACCAGAGGGGCAGUUAUGCGAAGGCAUUUGUUCGACAUGAGAAACGUUUCCUGUCAGAGGAGGGAGCGGUUGCUCUUGCUCGGUGGAGAGAAGCUCUAACGCAGGCGGCAAGUUUGUCAGGCUGGGACUUGAAUAAUGUUGCUGAUGGGCAUGAAGCAAAGAUAGUCAAGAAAAUUGUCCGCAGGAUAUGGAACGAAUUGAAGCAUAACCAUCUUCAUGUCGCAGAACACCCAGUUGGACUAGCUUCUCGUUUCGAGGUUUUGAAUGAACGGAUAAGUUCCUCCUCUUAUGAUGUUCGAUUUGUUGGAAUUUGUGGGAUUGGAGGGAUUGGAAAAACAACACUAGCUAAAGAGGCCUAUAACCAAUUUUAUCAUACUUUCGAAGGCAAAAGCUUUCUUGCAAAUGUAAGAGAGAAAAGCGGACACCCUGACGGUCUGCUUCAGCUACAAGAGCAGCUUCUUUGCGAUAUUUUCAAGUUAAAGAAGAUAAAACUGGGCAACACUCACAGGGGUAUGAAUGUCAUAAAGCAAAGACUAUGCAGCAGGAGGGUUCUUAUAGUCCUCGAUGAUCUAAACCACUUGGACCAACUGAGAACACUAGCAGGAGAUCCCGAAUGGUUUGGUCCCGGCAGUAUAAUCAUUAUGACAACUCGGCAUCUAGAUUUGCUGAAGGAAGUUGGAGCGGAUCUGUACAUGGCUCGUGGGCUGGAUGAGGAAGAGUCUCUUCAGCUUUUCAGCUGGCAUGCCUUCAGAAAUUAUCAUCCUAAGGAAGAGUAUCUUAAUCUAUCAGAAGCGAUUGUAAAUUACUCGGAUGGGUUACCUUUAGCUCUCAAAGUUUUGGGCUCUUUUCUUCGUGACAAGAGUUUGGUAAAAUGGGAGCAUACUCUGGACAAAUUGAAAAGAAUUCCAGACAACGAUAUACAGGCUCAACUUAGAAUAAGCUACGAUUCUCUCAGAGAUGAUACUGAGAAGGCCUUGUUCCUGGAUAUUGCUUGCUUCUUUGAUGGUUGGUAUACAAAGGAUGUCGUUAAGAUAUUAAACGCAUGUGGACUAUUUGCAGAUAUCGGAAUCACCGUCCUCAGUGAGAGGUGUCUUCUGAAAGCAGACGUGACGCUUACUAUGCACGACUUGGUUCGAGACAUGGGUAGGGAAAUUGUUCGCGAGGAGUCUUCUCACUCUCCAGGAAAGCGAAGCAGAUUGUGGUUUUACGAGGACAUACUCUCCACAUUGAGAGACCAGAAGGGAACAGAGGAAGUGAAAGGAAUUGUAUACGAUUCACCGGCAUCAGAUGAGUUGACUGUGAGUGCAGAAGCUUUUGUGAGAAUGAGUGGAGUCAGACUACUAAAGCUCAAUGGCGUUAAUGUUUGCGGAAAUUAUGGACUUAUUUCUAAAGAGCUAAGAUGGCUUCACUGGGACAGAUUCUCCUUGAACUGUAUGCCAAAUGACUUCUAUAUGUUAAACUUGGUCAUCCUCGAGAUGCCACACAGCAACCUAAGGGAAGUAUGGAAAGAUGACAGGUUGCUUGGGAACUUGAAGGUCCUUAACCUCAGCCACUCAUACUUCCUCACCAGGACCCCAAACUUCAUGAAACUCCCGAAACUCGAGGAACUGAUUCUAAAUGAUUGUACCGAGUUGGUAGAGAUUCAUCAGUCCAUUGGAAAUCUGGAGGGGCUUCUGCUAGUGGAUCUCAGCAAAUGCAAAAAGCUCAAGAGGCUUCCUGGUAGCAUCUGCAGGGUAGGCUCGCUUAGGAUUCUGAAUAUCUCUGGCUGCUCAAAGGUGGGCAAACUACCGGCGGACAUUGGGGAGAUGGCGUCCUUGGAGAAGCUCCUUGCAGACAGGACUGCUAUAACACAAGUUCCUUCUUCUAUCACGCGUCUGCAGAAUCUGACGGAGUUAUCUCUAUGUGGCUGCAAGGCAGCAAACUUGACCUCCAUUUAUUCACUCAUUUGGUUAUUGGUGCCGACGAUGACAGUCCCUAGAAGCAAUAACAUGCUGAUAUCUUCAUUAGAUGGUUUAACCUCACUGCAAUCCCUGAGCCUAAGAGACUGCAACUUAUCAGAUGGCACUAUUCCUGUGAAAAUCGGAAGCCUACCAUCCUUACUAAAUUUGGACCUCAGCAACAAUAAUUUCAGUCACUUACCAGAUUCAAUAAGUCAUCUUCCCAAGCUUCGUAAACUUCUUUUGGAAGAUUGUGUCAUGCUCAAGACCCUUCCAAAGAUGCCUCCUAGAUUGUAUACUCUGUCCACAGCAAAUUGCCGGAGGUUGGAAAGGAUAAUAUCCGUCUCGAAUAUUCAUACCUUGGAACUCGAAGACUGUCCCAGGCUAACAGAGAUUUCCGGGUUAGAUAAGUUAGCAGUUGUAGACAUAAGAUUGCAAGGGUGCAAGAGCUUGUCGGCCAAGCUCAGAAGUUUCCUCUUACAGAAUCAGUUCGGCAAUCAACGGUCGCAGAUUUGGUUUCCUGGAAGUGAAAUUCCCGGUUGGUUCAGCUAUCAAAGAGCGGGCCCUUCACUAACAGUCAGACUGCCCCAGACUCAGUUUAGUAAACUAAAGGAUCCAGUCACUGUAUGCCUUGUCUAUGAAGCUAACAGGGAGAUCAAUGCAUAUCCACGGUUUAUAACACUUUAUAUCAAUGCAAGAACCAAAAACUCGCAUCUGUCCUGCACUGGUUGUACCUAUGCAUAUAUUUCAGCCACAUCUGAAGAUCACAUAUGGGCGUAUCAAGAAACUCUUGUAGUCGGCGAUGAAGUCAGCGGUGAGGAUAUUGAGAUUGAGGUGGUUACGGAAUCAGCUGGUGGGGUGAGGGUGAAGAGGGUAGGGAUUCACUUGGGAAAGCAUAUUGGUCUGGACAAUGCUUCAUGGACCUUGGGCAACAUGGAAGUUGGGACGAGUAAUCAAUUUCCUAGUGAAGAAAUGAUUCAGCUAGAAACCGAUAUCACCGAGAAUGGGAGCCAUCAGGCUGAACCAAAUUCUGAUGGAGACAUUUGCUAUGCUGAGGAAGAGAAUGGCAGUGGAUAUGGCUCUUCUCAGGAGAAACGACCGCCUAAAAGGAUGAGGUUCGAGAACAUCGAAGAGGAUGGUUGGGAUGAGCUGUGAUGAUUACGAGGAAGCAAACUUGAAAUGGCCCAAUCUUUUUGCUGGUCUUGCGUAAGUGUUCUUUUCCUUUCAGUUGAGCUAUGUGAUCAUUUUCUUUAUAAGUUGUAAGGGACGCCAAGAAAAACUUAUAUGAGAAACUACCAAAUCUAGUAUAAGAAUAGAGAAAGUGAAAUAAAAAAUACGGGAAAUCUCAUUGCUGACAAUUGAGCUUAGGACCGCUUGUUUUCCGAGUUAGUAACUUGUGUUAGUACAUUGAAAUAGUAAUUUGUGUUACUAUACUAAGUCCCUUAGGAAUCCACCGAACAAUACUAUGGUGACUGGUGAGCAGUGGGACUGAGCUAGGGUUCUUUUUAUACCUUGCCUCUUUUAUGGUCGUUGAGUUUGAAUA